AUUUGGAACUGAGCGCUAAGACCACAGAGGAAGCUGCCAGACAGACUGCUGCAGGAAAAGCGCGCUCCCCAGAUUUGGAGUCUAGGCUAAAGAGCACAGAGGGAUCUUUGAAAGAAACCAUUCCAGGAGAAGAGUCAUCCCAUAGAGAGAAAAUUGGAAGCAGUGCUGAUCAUUUCUGCUAGACUUGUAGGUAAAGAGGCAGGAGAUGAAGCAGGAGAGGGAUGUGAGAAAAUUGGCAAAAAUCCAGAAGAUUCAAAAUGGAGGCAAAAUAAAUGAACAGAAGGAACAUGGCAAAGCUUUCACUAAAUCUUCAAAUAUUUCUGAACACCAAAAAAUCCGUGCUGUUGAAAAGGCUUAUAAAUGUAAUGAAUGUGGGAAAGUCUUUGGUCAGAGCUCAACUCUUUUCAGACAUGAGAGAAUUCACACUGGAGAGAAGCCUUAUAAAUGUAAUGAGUGUGGGAAAGCCUUCAGUCGAAAAUCAAAUCUUAAGGUACAUGAGAUGAUUCAUACCGGAGAGAAGCCUUAUAAAUGUGAUCAAUGUGAGAAAGCCUUCACCCUAAGUUCAUCUCUUCUCAAUCACCAGAGAAUUCACACUGGAGAGAAGCCUUAUAGAUGUGACAAGUGUGGGAAAGCUUUCUUUAGGAGAUCAAAUCUUAAUUUACAUCAGAAGAACCAUACAGGAGACAAACCUUAUGAAUGUACAAAAUGUGGGAAAGCCUUUGCUCAGAAGUCAACCCUUUUCAAGCAUCACAAAAUUCAUACUGAAGAGAAACCUUUUAAAUGUAAUACUUGUGGGAAAGCCUUUUAUGAAAGCUCAACUCUUAUUAGUCAUCAAAUGACUCAUACUGGAGAGAAGCCAUAUACAUGUGAUGAGUGUGGGAAAGCCUUUAGUAAAAAGUCAGUCCUUGUCAAUCAUCAUAGAAUUCAUACCGGAGAGAAACCUUAUAAAUGUAAUGAGUGUGGAAAAACCUUUGUUCAGAGUUCAAAUCUUAUUGUACAUCAGAAGAUUCAUACUGGAGAAAAGGCUUAUAAAUGUGAUCAAUGUGGGAAAGUCUUCACUCAAAAAUCAACCCUUUUCAACCACCAGAAAAUUCAUAAUGAAGAGAAGCCUUAUAAAUGUAAUGUGUGUGGGAAAGCCUUUGUUCAGAGCUCAAACCUUAAGGUACAUGAGAAGAUUCAUACUGGAGAGAAGCCUUAUAAAUGUAAUCAAUGUGGAAAAGCUUUCACCCAGAGUUCAUCUUUUUUUAAUCACCAGAAAACUCACACUGGAGAGAAGCCUUACAAAUGCAAUCAAUGUGGGAAAGCCUUCCUUAGGAGGUCAAACCUUAAUGUACAUCAGGAGAGUCAUACUGGAGAGAAACCUUAUAAAUGUACUAAAUGUAAUAAAGCCUACACUCAAAAGUCAACCCUUUUCAGACACCAGAGAGUUCAUACUGGAGAGAAGCCUUAUACAUGCAGUGACUGUGGGAAAGCUUUCAUUGAUAGCUCAACCCUUCUUGUACAUCAGAUGACCCAUACUGGAGAGAAGCCAUAUACAUGUAGUAAAUGUGGGAAAGAUUUCAGCACAAAUUCAGUCCUUGUUAGUCACCAGAGAAUUCAUACCGGAGAGAAGCCUUACGCUUGUAAUCAGUGUGGGAAAGCAUUUAGUCGGAGCUCUAAUCUUAAUGUACAUCAGAAGAUUCAUACUGGAGAGAAGCCUUAUACGUGUAAUGAGUGUGGAAAAGGCUUUAUUCAGAGAUCAAAUCUCACUGUACAUCAGAAAAUCCAUACUGGAGAGAGGUCUUAUACAUGUAAUCAGUGUGGGGAAGCUUUCACUGAACAAUCAGCUCUUCUCAGUCACCAGAGAACUCAUGAAGAGAAACCUUAUAAAUGUAAUCAGUGUGGGAAAAGUUUUGUUGAGAAGUUAAAUCUUAAUGAGCAUCAGAAGACUCAUAAUGAAGACAAACCAUAUAAAUGUAGUCAUUGUGAGAAAGCUUUCAGUGAGCACUCACACCUUUUCAAACACCAGAGAAUUCAUACUGAAAAGAAACCUUUUAAAUGUAAUGAGUGUGGGAAAUGCUUCCUUCAAAGCUCUGACCUUGUGAAGCACCAGGCAAGUCACACUGAAGAGAAACCAUUUUUGUGUAAGGAGUAUGGGAAAUCCUUCCUUCAAAACUCCUACUUUGUGAAGCACCAGGCAAGUCACACUGAAGAGAAACCUUAUAAAUGUAAUGAGUGUGGGAAAUCCUUCCCUCAAAGCUCUGACCUUGUGAAGCACCAGGCAAGUCACACUGAAGAAAAACCUUUUUUAUUUAAGGAGUGUGGGCAAUCCUUCCUUCAAAGCUCUGACCUUGUGAAGCAUCAGACAAGUCACACUGAAGAGAAACCCUAUAAAUGUAAUGAGUGUGAGAAAUCCUUUGUUCAAAGCUCUGAUCUUGUGAAGCACCAGGCAAGUCACACAGAAGAAAAACCUUUUUUAUGUAAGGAGUGUGGGGAAGCCUUCAAUGACGGAUCAUCUCUUGUUGAGCACCAGAGUUUUCAUACAGAUGGGUUACACAAGUAGUGGAUGUGGAAAUCCCUUCGGCAAAAACUUAUCUUGUUAUUUGGCAGAGAAUUUUUACUAGAAUGUGGGAGCUGGAUGGUCUGCCUCUAGUUAGACCCUCAGCUGGGUGAAGGUUGACUUCUAGUCAACAGCAGGUCUCUGAUCCCUGUGGAAAGCCUCCCAUAUGCUACACCAUUUCUGGAGGAACUUUUCCUUCCUUUUUCAGAGGGGAAAUUUUGCUUUUUUUCUUUCUUUUCAACUUAGUUGGUUAUGCAACUUAAGUUUGUCUGCCUGUGUUGAGUUGAGGUGACUCCAGCACUGCCCAGCCCAAAGUCCAGAGCUAGUUAUGGGUCCUGAAACUGGCAGAUCUCCCCACACCCACUGCAGGAGAGUCUCAUCUUCAAGCUCCUGCUAACUGCAAGUCCUAGGGAGGUAGAAGGUCCUGGACCUGGAGACAGAAGACUGGUUCUGCCCUGGCUCUACAAGUGGUUAGCUGUAUAUCCUUGGCCAGUCCCUUCCACUCAGCUUCUUCAUCUACAGCCUGAAGACAUGGGAUUGGCCUGGACUAUUUCUGAUGUUCCUUCUAGCUCUGAAAACUCUUCCUUGUUAUACAGGUGAGGGUACUGAAGCCCUGGGAGAGGCAAGGGCUGCCCCAGGGUCUCCCAGGAAGUCAGGAGAGAACUAGACUCCCUGUCAGCCCAGGUCUCACCUUCCCAUCUCUCCAAAUGUCCAGUUCUAAGCAGAACUGAUGCUCAGGAGGUCUCUGUGAUUACCUAGGCCUUCUAUUUUCUGACUCUAACGCUAAUUCAAAUCCCAGAGGAGAAAAUUCACAAAAAAAUACUAGAACUCUCAACUUCCUCCUUAAUCUUGUCCCUACAUAUUUAACAUGUAUAGGACUGCUUGCCAUCUUGAGGAGGGGGUGGAGGGAGGGAGGGGAAA